CUCGUCCGAUCAAAGGGAGGGGAGGGUUUAGCUUUUGCUACAGCUGUUUCUACCUCCGCCUCUCAUCGAGUUAACGUAGAGACGGCGAGACAGGACCGAGUGAGUGAGGGGCGAUGGCUGCUGGAGGAGGAUGCGGGGAAACCGUGGAUCAGUACCGUGCGGAGGUAGAUCGGCUGACCCGAGAGCUUGCGGAAGCGAACCGUGAGAAGAUUCGGGCGGCAGAAUGCGGUCUUGUGGUGCUGGAAGAAAACCAGACCCUGAAGCAGCAGUAUUCCGAUCUGGAAGUCGAACAAGAGGCUCUGAAGCAAGAGUUGGAACAGCUGCAAGAGGCGUUCGGACAGGCAUACUCAAACCAGCGCAAGGUGGCAGAGGAUGGGGAGACUAACGAGGAGACCCUGCUGCAGGAGUCUGCCUCUAAGGAGGCGUACUACAUGGGCCGUCUGCUGGAGCUGCAGACCGAGCUCAAACUCUGCCGCUCCGUGGCCUCCAACACGCAGGCCGAAAACGAGCGGCUGAACGUCAUUCUGCAGGAGCUCAAAGAGAGUAAUGAAGUCUUGGAGUUGCAGAGGAGCAGGAUGAAGGAGGAGAUCAGGGAGUAUAAGUUUCGGGAAACUCGGCUGCUCCAGGACUACACUGAGCUGGAGGAGGAGAACAUCACCCUGCAGAAGCUGGUGUCCACGCUCAAACAGAACCAGGUGGAGUAUGAGGGCCUGAAGCACGAGAUCAAGGUGCUGGAGGAGGAGACGGUGCUGCUGAACAGCCAGCUGGAGGACGCUCUGCGGCUGAAGGAGAUCUCGGAGGUGCAGCUGGAGGAGGCGCUGGACACGCUGAAGAACGAGCGGGAGCAGAAGAACAACCUGCGGAAGGAGCUGACGCACUACCUCAGCCUGAGCGACAGCGUGUACGGGGCGGGGGCCCACCUCGCCCUCGACGGCCUCAAGUUCGGCGAGGACGCCGGCAGCAACACCACCACGGCCGCCAACUCGCCCAACAACGAGGACAGCAACAAGUGCAACGGGCACCUCCACGGCGGGGGGUCGCUGUCCAAGAUGAACGGGGACUACCGGCCCUCCGGCAGGAAGGGGGAGGCGCUGCACCCCGUCUCCGACCUCUUCAGCGAGCUCAACCUGUCCGAGAUGCAGAAGCUCAAGCAGCAGCUCCUGCAGGUGGAGCGCGAGAAGGCGGCGCUGCUGACCACGCUCCAGGAGUCGCAGACGCAGCUGGAGCACACGCAGGGCGCCCUGACGGAGCAGCACGAGCGCGUGCACCGCCUCACCGAGCGCAUGAACGCCAUGAAGUGCGUGCAGUGCGACAAGGACGCCAACAUGGAGCUGGACAGCGAGCCCGAGAAGGGAGACACGUCCCCCAACAGCCACGACUACGAGGUGGACAUCCACGGCCUGGAGAUCCUGCAGUGCAAGUACAAGGUGGCGGUGACAGAGGUGAUCGACCUGAAGGCCGAGCUCAAGGGCCUGAAGGAGACGUACAACCAGACGGUGGACUGCCGCGUGGAGGAGAAGACGCGCAGCGACAGCCGGCUCCAGGCCCUGGGGGAGCAGGUGGCCCAGCUGGAGCGCAGCUGCCGGGAGGGGCGCGAGCGCAUCGGCGGGCUGGAGGCGGAGCUGCGGGCCGUGUCGAGCGUGGCCGGGGAGAGCCACUCCAUGCUGAACGCGGCGCAGGACGAGCUGGUGACCUUCAGCGAGGAGCUGGCCCAGCUCUACCACCACGUCUGCCUGUGCAACAAUGAGACGCCCAACCGCGUGAUGCUGGACUACUACCGGCAGGGCCGGGCCGCCCGCAGCGGCAGCCUGAAGGGCUCGGAGGACCCCCGCGCCCUGCUGUCCCCCCGCCUGGCCCGCCGCAUCAACGCCAUGGCCUGCUCCGAACCCCGCAGCCCCAACGACUCCCCCACCAAGGAGCCGCCCCCGGACUCCUCCGGGAGGGAGAGCCCCGGCCCCGCCCGCACCCCCCUGGGGUUGCCCUUCCUCAACGGGUCGCCCCCCUCCAACUCUUCCUCGCCCCUGCUGGAGCCAGCCGGGGACCUGCGCAAGGAGCCCAUGAACAUCUACAACCUGAACGCCAUCAUCCGGGACCAGAUCAAGCACCUCCAGAGGGCCGUGGACCGCUCCCUGCAGCUGUCCCGGCAGAGGGCAGCCGCUCGAGAGCUGGCGCCCAUGCUGGACAAGGACAAGGAGGCCUGCCUGGAGGAGAUCCUCAAGCUCAAGUCCCUGCUGAGCACCAAGAGGGAGCAGAUUGCCACACUCAGGCUGGUCCUCAAGGCCAACAAGCAGACGGCCGAAGUCGCUCUGGCCAACCUGAAGAGCAAGUACGAGAACGAGAAGUCGAUGGUGACGGAGACGAUGAUGAAGCUGAGGAACGAGCUGAAGGCCCUGAAGGAGGACGCAGCCACCUUCUCCUCCCUCCGAGCCAUGUUCGCCACCAGGUGUGACGAGUACGUGACGCAGCUGGACGAGAUGCAGAGGCAGCUGGCGGCGGCCGAGGAUGAGAAGAAGACGCUGAACUCCCUGCUGCGCAUGGCCAUCCAGCAGAAGCUGGCCCUGACGCAGCGGUUGGAGGACCUGGAGUUCGACCACGAGCAGUCGUACCGCAGCCGCGCCAGCAAGGUGGCCAAGCUGAAGAGCAGCCCUCCCAAAUCUCUCCUAGAUUGUCAGCAGCCUGCUGCCUCAGUACCGCCAGUCUCCCCACAACUAAGGCGAGACAGAGCCUCUCUGGGCCGCAGUCGUAACGUUGUGAUGGCUCUCCAGGACGUGAAACAUCAUUCCAGCAGCAGCAGCAGCAGCCGCCACGCCCCCUAUGCUCCUUUCGACUGUCUAUCACCAGAGGCCCCGCCCCCUGGCCCCUAGCACCUCCCAGCGCACAGCCAGUCAUGGCUCUGUGUCGAUAAAUAACCCCCUCCUUCCCCCACCACAGGCUCCGCCCCCCUCCCCAAUCACCAGGUACUGCACAGGGCCAGGGCACCCUGCUCCUGCAGACAGUCAGACAGAGACAAUGAUGAAGCCCUCAGGACAGUGGUGACCACCCAAAACAGGACAGAGGUUAGAAGGCUGUGUGAAAGUAACAACAUUAUAACGGUCCUAACUAUUUAUUUAUUUAUAAAAUUAUUCAUUUGUAUUUAUUGGUUUAUUUAUUGAUGCAAUUAUGUAUAUUUUUGUUUGUUUAGUUGUUCGGUUGUUUUUUUAUUUAUUAUUACUAUAGAAAAUUGACCCCGCUUGGUGGUGGAACUUGGACAAAUGAAACACUAAUGUAUUGUUAUCUGUCUCUUGCUGCUCUUCGACCUUUGAGCUUUCUGUGUGUGAGAGUGGCAGUAAAGGAGGAAUUCAGCAGAUGAUCAGUGUUACAGGACCACUGAAGUGCUGUAACAGCACGGCAGGGCCAAAGUACUGAAAUCACUCCUACAUUUAACAGUGCAAAACAGAUUAUCCAAUAAUUAUGGAUUAAUUAAUCUCCUUUGCAUUUCACACACAUGGGCAUAUUCUUUCCAUAUUGAUUUCCAUUAAAACAACCAAAAUAAUCAUUGUCAGUCCCUUACAGAGCUAAAACUUGAGUGGUUAUGUUACUUUGUAUAAUCCUGUGGAAGUCUAAACAUCUGCAGUUUUGUAACAUCUCUGUGGAAAAGUGAAUUCAAAGCGCUUUCAUAGUGUAUAUUUUAUGUUUGAAAGCACUGCAAUAUCAUAAUAUAGUCUGUGUGAAGGAAACUAAUGAAGAUGGUUGUUGCAUACAGUGAUUUUUCAGAUGUUGAAAGAUUUUACAAAAUCAUACCUACAGUAACAUCACUCACUAAGGGUAUUUUUUUCAUAUACCUUUUGCAAUAUACAUAUCCAUUCAUUAUUAUUGUCUCACUAUUUUCUGUUUAUGAGGUGAUAGUUUUUUUCACUUCAGUUUGCUCAGAAUGAUUACAUAUCUAGCCAUCUUGAAUCUUACUGGUUUCUAAACAUAUUUUUGAAAUGUGCACUCAUGUUGCAAGAAGAGUGGUUUCACAUAUCAACUAAUUCAGUGAUACAGUGAUAACAUAUUCUUAUUUGAUGUGUCUUAAUCCCAGUAUGGUCUGCGGUUCAUGGGUAGAAUUAGCUUGGUAAAGGAGAGGGACUCAGAGCUCUCUCUCUCUCUCUCUCGCUCUCUCUCUCCCUCUAUCCCUCUCUCUCUCUCUAUCCCUCUCUCUCUCUCUCUCUCUCUCUCUCGCUCUCUCAGACUCCUUGCUGCAAAAGUCUGAGUCUGAGGCCAUUCAGUGUGUGCACCUCACAUCCGAGUCACAAGCACAAACAUUUAUCUAUGCAUCACAAUAAUGGUCGUGAUAAUAAUUUUUCAACAUAAUCUGGUAAAAUAUUACUAUCUCUUCAGUUUUUAAUGCGAUGAAAUGUGGCACUCCAAUAAACCAGCACGUUGUAAAAAUGCAAACAAAUCACACAUACAUUUGUUAGCAAUUAUUUUGAUAGAUUUUCAUUAUACAGCAAGAAAAUGACUUCCCUGUAUAUGGGAAUUGUAAAACCUGUGAAAGAUCUUGUUAUAUUAACAGAUUAAACUAAUCUCUUUCCAAGCCUGGAAAUAACUAUAAAAAGAGAGAUAUUGUGUAUAUGAGGUCACUGGGGUGGGCAGCACUGAAUAAAUGUAGGCUACUGUUUGUCAGUUAAAAGAAGAAGAAUUAUAAGAUACACAUUACACAGACAGCAUAAUACCUACCAUAUCAUGAUACCUUCAGCAGCACUGAAGGGGCUGUUUCUGUGGAGGGAGGUAUGUAGGCAGGCAGGCGUCUGUAAGGGAACAGUAACACUUCAGCUUAGGCUCUGUCCACUCCAUCAGCUGACCACUUUCAUUCGGGAUUCAAUCGGAAAACAAGACACAAUGGUAGCCUUGUGGCAGUGACACACCAACACACUUUCUCAACGUUUCCUGCAGAACCUGACUAAUGUUUCUGGUUUAUUUAAUCUGUGUGUAGUUACUGUAAUGCCAUGUCUCUCCGUUAUGUUGGGUUUAGAGUCCAUCCUCUUUUUAUUUCAUAAAAAUGAAGUCUGAUUCUGUAAAUGUGAACUUUGUACUAAAAUAAGGAACGAGGAAAUAGGAAGCAAUAUAAUUUUGCUUAUUUCAUAAGUAUUAUUAUGAGUAUUAUUGUUAUUACAAUCAUAGUUAUAUAUUCAUUUGCCAAGGUUAUCUCCCUCUGUGCUGUGUCAGUGUUUUCAUCCCUCAUUGUUGGAAGCCAUAUGACAGAUGCCACAGAUGCCAUUAAGCCUUUCAGAUAAUCAAACAUUGUCAAAUAAAAUGUGUAAAUGAAUGUCCAACCCCCUGGAUUUUACACUUCAUUUAGAUAUUUUUGAGUUAGAGAUUGAGGUCUGGACUGAUUUGAAAGGACUUUUUUAUACAGUUUUUUUUUUUGGUCUGGGUUGCAAAGCAUCUGAUUUGUUUGAGAGAUGAACCUGCUGUGGUUGUUGUGUAGAAACAAUUCAGCCCAAUGGGAUUUCAGUAUUUCAAGUAUUUAUUAUUCUUAAAAUUGUUUCCAUGCACUUUUAUAAAUCUUGAUUUGAUGUAGGCCUCAUUUUUGGUUGCAUUACCCAUUUGUGCCUGACUUGCUAAUUAUGUGUAACAUGUAUAAUUAUAUAUUAAUGUUUUUGUUUUCUUUUUUAUUUGAUUUGACAUGAUUUUCCUCAUUGUGUGAAUUGAGACUCAACAUGGGGUGGACAUAUAGACAGGAGACUGAUGGGUGUACAGUAUAUAUUUUUCAGUACAUUUUCACAUAGCUUACAUUCACUAAAGUGGGCCUUUCCAUUAAACACAUAGCAGUAUUUUGGAGGAGAGUGGUGUGUGCACAAUAGUGUCCACCUCUCAUGCAGACAAGCUCUUUUUCCCUGUAGCCUCCACUGAGUGAAUCAUGGUGCAAGCAUGUUUUAACACCAGGCGGAAAUCUCUUUUUCUUCUCUUGUAUGUAUGUAUAUAAUGUUUCCUAAAGGCUGGAUUUACUUUAUUUAUUGAACUAAUUGUUGUUUUAUUUUUUGAACUGAUUAUCGUUUUAUAUUUUCUGUACUAUCUGAUAGAAUGAAUGUGGUGGAGAGAGACAGCCUUCUAAGGUUCGGUUGUCAUUGUUGCUUGGAGAUGUGAAGUGGUCCAAAACUAGUAUUUGUGUUUUACUGAGGCUGUCUGUGAAGAAGAGAACUUCUCCUGGUUGUCUGCACAAUUGUAUCUCUGUCUGUGAUCUGGCCUCUCUGCUGCCAACUGGAACAGAGACACUAAUCAACACAAGAAGAAAUUUAAAAAUAAUUUAUGUAAAAAACAGCAAUAUACUGUACUGGAUUUUACUAUUAUUCUUUCUUAUUCUAUUUAAAAACAGUGUAAUACAUAGCUACCUGUUUCAAUAGAAAAUAAACAAACUGUCCCUGGACGGUAAAUGAGGCUGCCUUGAA